CAUGUCACUGCACUCCAGCCCAGCCUGGGUGACAGAGCAAGACUCUGUGUCUAAAGAAAUGAAAAUAAAAAUAAAUAAAAUAGCAUAUACAGGCAACAAUCCAAAUGUUCAUUGCAGAAAUUAUGAUUAUUAUUGUUUUUCUUUUAGAGGCAGGGUGUCACUCUGUUGCCCAGACUAAUCUUGACCUCCUGGGAUCCUCAAGAGAUCCUCCGGUCUCUGCUUCCCAAAGUUCUUGGAUUACAGGUGUGAGGCACUGGGCCUAGACAUUGCAGGGAUUAUUAAACCAUGGUGUAUACUACCAUUAAAGGUAUGAGGUAGGUUUUAUGUGCUGACCUAGAAAGAUGGUGCAACACCAUAGGGGAACAAGAAGGCUGCAAAGUGGCAGCACAGCAGGAGUCUUUAAGAAAUAGGUAUUUGUUUCAGCUUAAGAAGUGUCUGGCUGGGCGUGGUGGCUCGCACCUGUAAUCCCAGCACUUAGGGAGGCUUAGGUGGGCGGAUCACUUGAGGUUAGGAGUUCAAGACCAGCCCAGUCAACACGGUGAAACCCCAUCUCUACUAAAAAUACAAAGAAAUUAGCUGGGCUUGGUGGCAGGUGGCUGUAAUCCCAGCUACUCAGGAGCUGAGGCAGGAGAAUCAUCUGAACCCGGGAGGCUGAGGUUGCAGUGAGCCUAGAUCGCACCACUGCACUCCAGCCUGGGUGACAGAGUAAGACUCGGUCAAAAAAAAAAAAAAAAAAAAAGACCGGGUGCGAGGUGGCUCUCGCCUGUAAUCCCAGCACUUUGGGAGGCCUAGGCAGGAGGAUCACAAGGUCAGGAGAUCGAGACCAUCCUGGCCAACAUGGUGAAACCCCAUCUCUACUAAAAUACAAAAAAUUAGCUGGGUGUGGUGGCGCACGCCUGUAGUCCCAGCUACUCAGGAGGCUGAGGCAGGGGAAUCGCUUGAAACCAGGAGGCGGAGGUUGCAGUGAGCCGAGAUCGCGCCACUGCACUCCAGCCUGGCGACAGAGCAAGACUCCAUCUCAAAAAAGAAAAGAAAACAAACAAACAAACAAAAUCCCCAAAAAGCAAAAGUGUCUGCAUGGACUUGUGCCUAACUACUCACAGUGGCUACUUCUUGGGGGAGGUGAAAGGGGACCCUGUUAAAGAAUUUUUCUUCUGUAUUGUUUUUCUUCAACUGAGUCUGCAUUAAUUUUAUAUUUAAUACUCUCCCCACCCCUGAUGCUCACAGGUUGCUUUAGCUGGUGGAAGGAGAACCUGCACCUCUGGUUUUGGCAAAGUGUAGAAGGGGACAAGGGCACUGCUCUGCACCUGCACAGGUUCUUGCCUCCUGGGGUCAGUUUAAUGCAUCUCAGUGGUGUUUCUUGGGAAGAACACAGUGGACACUCACUUGCCAGUCAGUAGACAAAUCACUGAAGUCCAUGUCUGGCAGUUCUCAAUGUCAUGGGGACUGUAAGGUUGUCAUGUCUCACAGUUCCCUGACUUAGAAGAUUAGUGGUGACAGACACUUCUCAGCUCUGCUCGGGAGAGCAGCUCUGUAAUGCGCUUGUGGUUUCAGAUGUGGGCGGCCUGUGUGAACCUGUCGUGCAAGGCUCAUGUCACCAACUGCUGCAGUUAUCUCCUGAAUCAGGCUGAGGGUCUUUGCUGUGCACCCAGAGAUAGUUGGGUGACAAAUCACCUCCAGGUUGGGGAUGCCUCAGACUUGUGAUGGGACUGGGCAGAUGCAUCUGGGAAGUAACUGCUGCAAGAACGGACAGACACUGCUGCAGAGAACUUGCCACGGUGUUUCAUGCUGCGGCUGGUGGUUCCAGGCUGCACACUCCAUUCUAGGAAAGGGGCCCUCAGCCCAGUCCCUUGCAGGCUGGACCUUGGAGAGUGAGGCCCCGAGGCGAGACAUGGGCACCUGGCUCCUGGCCUGCACCUGCAUCUGCACCUGUGUCUGCUUGGGAGUCUCUGUCACAGGGGAAGGACAAGGGCCAAGGUCUAGAACCUUCACCUGCCUCACCAACAACAUUCUCAGGAUCGAUUGCCACUGGUCUGCCCCAGAGCUGGGACAGGGCUCCAGCCCCUGGCUCCUCUUCACCAGCAACCAGGCUCCUGGCGACACACAUAAGUGCAUCUUGCGGGGCAGUGAGUGCACCGUCGUGCUGCCACCUGAGGCAGUGCUCAUGCCAUCUGACAAUUUCACCAUCACUUUCCACCACUGCAUGUCUGGGAGGGAGCAGGUCAGCCUGGUGGACCCGGAGUACCUGCCCCGGAGACACGUUAAGCUGGACCCGCCCUCUGACUUGCAGAGCAACAUCAGUUCUGGCCACUGCAUCCUGACCUGGAGCAUCAGUCCUGCCUUGGAGCCAAUGACCACACUUCUCAGCUAUGAGCUGGCCUUCAAGAAGCAGGAAGAGGCCUGGGAGCAGGCCCAGCACAGGGAUCACAUUGUCGGGGUGACCUGGCUUAUACUUGAAGCCUUUGAGCUGGACCCUGGCUUUAUCCAUGAGGCCAGGCUGCGUGUCCAGAUGGCCACACUGGAGGAUGAUGUGGUAGAGGAGGAGCGUUAUACAGGCCAGUGGAGUGAGUGGAGCCAGCCUGUGUGCUUCCAGGCUCCCCAGAGACAAGGCCCUCUGAUCCCACCCUGGGGGCGGCCAGACAACACCCUUGUUGCUGUGUCCAUCUUUCUCCUGCUGACUGGCCUGACCUACGUCCUGUUCAAGCUGUCGCCCAGGGUGAAGAGAAUCUUCUACCAGAACGUGCCCUCUCCAGCGGUGUUCUUCCAGCCCCUCUACAGUGUGCACAAUGGGAACUUCCAGACUUGGAUGGGGGCCCACAGGGCCGGUGUGCUGUUGAGCCAGGACUGUGCUGGCACCCCACGAGGAGCCUUGGAGCCCUGCGUCCAGGAGGCCACUGCACUGCUCACUUGUGGCCCAGCACAUCCUUGGAAAUCUGUGGCCCUGGAGGAGGAACAGGAGGGCCCUGGGACCAGGCUCCCGGGGAACCUGAGCUCAGAGGAUGUGCUGCCAGCAGGAUGUACGGAGUGGAGGGUACAGACGCUUGCCUAUCUGCCACAGGAGGACUGGGCCCCCACGUCCCCCACUAGGCUGGCUCCCCCAGACUCAGAGGGCAGCAGCAGCAGCAGCAGCAGCAGCAGCAGCAGCAGCAACAACAACAACUACUGUGCCUUGGGCUGCUAUGGGGGAUGGCACCUCUCAGCCCUCCCAGGAAACACACAGAGCCCUGGGCCCAUCCCAGCCCUGGCCUGUGGCCUUUCUUGUGACCAUCAGGGCCUGGAGACCCAGCAAGGAGUUGCCUGGGUGCUGGCUGGUCACUGCCAGAGGUCCGGGCUGCAUGAGGACCUCCAGGGCAUGUUGCUCCCUUCUGUCCUCAGCAAGGCUCGGUCCUGGACAUUCUAGGUCCCUGACUCGCCAGAUGCAUCAUGUCCAUUUUGGGAAAAUGGACUGAAGUUUCUGGAGCCCUUGUCUGAGACUGAACCUCCUGAGAAGGGGCCCCUAGCAGCGGUCAGAGGUCCUGUCUGGAUGGAGGCUGGAGGCUCCCCCCUCAACCCCUCUGCUCAGUGCCUGUGGGGAGGAACCUCUACCCUCAGCAUCCUGGCCACAAGUUCUUCCUUCCGUUGUCCCUUUUCUUUAUCCCUGACCUCUCUGAGAAGUGGGGUGUGGUCUCUCAGCUGUUCUGCCCUCAUACCCUUAAAGGGCCAGCCUGGGCCCAGUGGACACAGGCAAGGCACCAUGACCACCUGGUGUGACCUCUCUGUGCCUUACUGAGGCACCUUUCUAGAGAUUAAAAGGGGCUUGAUGGCUGUUCCAAAGUGUUGAUGGCUGGGACAAGGGGCCAGAGGAGGAGUGAGGGGUGGGGUUUGUCCAGCCCUGGGCUUUCCGGGCUCUAGAGAUAGCACGGUGGAGGCUCAAUGACAGUUCUGGGGACAGCAAGUUGGAGGUUCAGGGGCAGCUUCAGGACAGCAGGAUGGAGGCUCAGGGACAAUUCCUGGGAGGCCAGUGCCCUCGUUCCUCCUUGUCCUCAUCCUCCCACUUGCUCCAGGAAACUGAGAGCUGAGCCUGGAGCUUCCAGACAGUCAGGGCUGGGGGUGACCAUCCAGCAGUGAUGGUGGCCUGUGAAGGGUCCUGCUUCUGUCCUCAGCCUCUCAUGGCGUGGGCUUGGGGAGGAGCUGUGGUCUGGAGAGAGCGGCAGUUGGAGCAGAACGUGCCUCCAUUUGUUUCCUAGGGCUGUCGUAACAAAGUGCCACAAAAUGGUUAGCUUAGAACCACAGAGAUUUGUUGUCUCACAAUUCUGAAGUCCAGAAGUUGGAAAUAAAGAUGUUGGCAGUGUUCCCAACCACAUGUUCUUGGGCUCCCAUGAAACAGAAGUUGAUAUGAGGCCAAGGAAGCUUCCCAGACAAGACUUUAUUAAGUCUUAUGCCCCGAAAGUUUGGGCAGAAGAGAGACAGUGCAGGAGGAAGAAUUCUUGGCUGACUCCCCAAGGGGAAUGCAUUGUGGUGUCUUAAGGAGGGUGACAUACAUAAUUUAUGAGCUACAUGAGUGUCAUUGCACGUAUGGGGUGGAGUCAAGGGUGCUCAGACGCAUGCUAACACAUACGUUGCAUGAUCAGAAAAUGGCAGAUAAGCCCCUCCCUGGGUGAGGACUUUAGUAUUAUCAUAAGACCAGGGUCAUUCUCCUGGCCUUGUGCACAAGCAGGUGAUACAGUCAACUCCCGUCAGUAAGACUUAUGGCGGGAUGCUGCUUAUCUUAGUUUAUUUCAGACAGUUGGCAAGGUCUGGCCAGCGAGUAUGGCACCUGGAGGGUGGUGCGGCAAGGUCUGGUGGUCAGCGGGCAUGUAUGGAACAACACGUUAGUGGGGGUGGGCCGAGUCCCAUUUAUACUCUCUCAGCAGGGCCAUGCUCCCUCGGAAGGCACUAGGGAAGGAUUAGUUUCAGGCCUCUCUUCAGCUUCUGUUAGUUUCUUGGCUUGUGACACCAAAGCUGUAAUCUUUUUUUUGUUUUGUUUUUGAGACGGAGUUUUGCUCUUGUCGCCCAGGCUGGAGUGCAAUGGCACAAUCUCGGCUCACUGCAACCUCCUCCUCCCAGGUUCAAGCAAUUCUUCUGCCUCAGCCUUUGGAGUAGCUGUGAUUACAGGCGCCUGCUACCACGCCUGGCUAGUUUUUGUAUUUUUAGCAGAGACGGUGUUUCCCUAUGUUGGCCAGGCUGGUCCCAAACUCCUGAUAUCAAGUGAUCCGUCUGUCUCUGCCUCCCAAAGUGUUGGGAUUACAGGCAUGAGCCACCGUGCCUGGCCAAAGUUCCAGUCUUUACAGGGAUUUUUCCUUGUGUGCAUUUCUGUGUCCAAAUUUCCCCUUUUUAAAAUCACAAUAAUAGUGAAUUAAGGCUGGCCCUAACGAUUUAAUCUUAACUUGAUCAUCUGCAAAGACACUAUUUCCAUAUAAGGUCACAUUCACAGCUACUGGGCUUAGGACUUCAACCUAGAGGGCCUGACUUCUGGCCCCACACAUCAUGGCCCAUCCCAGCAUGCCCCAUCCCCUUCCUGGGUGCCCCAGGCAGAUCACAGGAGGGCCUGACUGCUGGGUUUUGGGCUGACAUUGGGAUCAUCUGCCUAGUUAGGGCUGUGACCAGACUGAGAUAGGAGGUGGGACCUGACUCCUGAGGCAGGGCUUGAACUCUGGACCAGAUUACAGACUAGCUGAAACAGGCAAAAGCACCCCUCCAUAAGACACACCCACUGGUGCCAAGUGAGUUUGCCGUUCUCAUGGUAACAGCUGGAAAUUACUGCCCCUUUCCAUGGCAAUGACCUGAAAGUUACCACCCCUUUUCUAGAAAUUUCUAAAUAACCUCCUCCUUAAUUUGUAUAUAAUUACAAGUGGGUAUAAAUAUGUGUGCAGAACUGCCUCUGAGCUGCUACUCUGGGCUCACUGCCUAUGGGGCAUCCCUGCUCCAUAAGGAGCAGUACCUCUGCUGCCACUGUGCACAGCUGCUUAAAUAAAAGUUGCUCUCUAAUACCACCGACUCGCCCUUGAAUUCUUUCCUGGGUGAAGCCAAAAUCCCUCCUGUGCUAAACCCCAAUUUCUGGGCUCACCUUUCCUGCAUCAAGAGUGUUUUAGGGCUGGGAGCGCUGAAGUUUUGAAGGCAGGAUGAAAUGGAGACUGUUAGCUCCCCGGGCCCUGAGCUACAGGGAGCAACUCUCCUGGGUGCUCUCAUGCUUCCUGCAACCUGAGCAGAAAGAAGUACCUGCAGCCUGAUGCCCCCAAAGGCAAAAGCCCCUUCUGGCUCAGAUAGGCAGCCCUCCCACCCUGCAUGCCUGCAGAGCUUCUGGGGUUUUGUGGGGAGCCUCAGCAGAGCUGGAUCCUGGUCUGUGGGGGCGAGGCAGGCCCCGGAAUGUAUCUUUAGCAUCCAGAGAGUGGGAGGGGUGUGGACGGAAGCGAGGUACAGGCAUCCUCAGCUCUAACCAAGUAUAAAAAUACUAGUGUGAAUCCACUUCCUGGAGCUGGGCUCUGGGGAGCCCCGGGCUAGUGUAUUUAUAACAGGGGCUGUGUGGCUCAUGAGGCUCCAUGUGUGACCUGGGCUACCUCAUGAUCACAUAAACGAACCCACAAUUGGGAUGCCUCUCCUGUGUGGCCUGGACACGUCUUCAUUCAACUCAUAAACUUUCCCUGAGUGGGCCCUGGAGAGCUGGUUCUGGGCUGGAACCUGAGUGUGAAGCCACUGGAGGCUGUGUAAUUUGUAGGUGAGUCACUCAGUCACCUAAGCCUGGCCCUCCCCUCUGCACAGGGCGCUAGCCAUACCUAGCAGACUGCUGUGAGUUCACCUGAGCAAGACACCUGCACACAGUGGUGCUCAGAAAAAGCUAAUAAUUCCUUAUUGGAAUGAGACAGGCCAGGCGUGGUGGCUCAUGCCUGUAAUCCCAGCACUUUGAGAGGCUGAGGCAAGCAGACUGCUUGAGCCCAGAAGUUUGAGACCAGUCUGGGCAACAUGGCAAAACCCUAUCAUCUCUAUGAAAAAUACAAAAAUAAUUAGCUGGGCAUGGUUGUUCAGGCCUGUAAUCCCAGCUACUCGGGAGGCUGAAGUAGGAGAAUCACUUGAAUCCGGGAGGCAGAGGUUGCAGUGAGCCGAGAUCACGCCACUGCACUCCAGCCUGGGCAACAAAGUGAGACUCCAUGUCAAAAAAAGAAAAGAGGCCAGGAGCAGUGGCGCAUGUCUGUAAUCCCAGCACUUUGGGAGGCCGAGGUGGGUGGACCACAAGGUCAGGAGUUCAAUACCAGCCUGGCCAAGAUGGUGAAACCCCAUCUCUACUAAAAAUACAAAAAAAAAAAAAAAAAAAAAAUUAGCCAGGCAUGGUGGUAAGUGCCUAUAAUCCCAGCUACUUAGGAGGCUGAGGCAGAGAAUUGCUCAAACCCAGGAGGUGGAGGUUGCGGUGAGCCGAGAUUGCGCCACUGCACUCCAACCUGGGAGACAGAGCGAGACUCCGUUUCAAAAAAAAAAAAAAAAAAAAAGGAAAAAAGAAAGAAAAGACCCCAGGACCAUACAUAUUUACAGCUCAGUAUUAACUAACCUUAAUGAAAUAUGAUUUUAUUUAAAAUGGUCAAGGUAAAGGAAAAAAAAGAGUAGUGACUUUCUUCAAGUAAUUUUAUGGUAUAAUAUCAAAGCUUGAUAUAGUUAAUACAUUUCAUCUAAUAUAGGAAUGAGAAUGCUUAUAAAGCAGACGUCAUUUUAUGUAACAUUACAAAUACACUGCCAAUUAAACAGACUUUCUCAACAAAAGACUGUUGUUGACGAGGUCACUUCCAUUAGACACACAAAAUGGUUUGUUUUUGUUUUCAUUUGUUUUUGUUUUUUGAGACAAGGUCUCGCUCUGUCGCCCAGGCUAAAUGCAGUGGCCUGAGAAUGAUAAUGUGCCUGCUUUUCCAUUUCCUGUGUUGUUUCCACUGCGUUAACAAAAGAGCCUUAAAACACAAAGCACUGGCCGGGCGUAGUGGCUCACGCCUGUAAUUCCAGCACUUUGGGAGGCCGAGGUGGGCGGAUCACCUGAGAUCAGGAGUUCGAGACCAGCCUGAUCAACAUGGAGAAACCCUGUCUCUACUAAAACUACAAAAUUAGCCGGGCGUGAUGGCGCAUGACUGUAAUCCCAGCUACUCGGGAGGCUGAGGCAGGAGAAUCGCUUGAACCUGGGAGGCAGAGGUUGCAGUGCGCCGAUUGCAACAUCGCACUCCAGCCUGGGGAGCAAGAGCGAAACUCCUUCUCAAAAGAAAACAAAACAAACACCGAGCACUAAUCCAGGGGCGCCUGUUUCAUUGGCCUUAGACUGUGGUGCCUGCUGGUCCCCGACCUCACGAGGGCGUCUCCGUGUUCCUCCUCCUUUCCCGGUACCAGGGUCAGCCCCAGGUGUCCCGGAGAUGCAGCCCCAGGUGUCCCAGAGAUGUCCUCAUCGCGGAUGCAGCCCCAGGUGUCCCCAGGUGUCUCGAAGCCGUGGCCCCUCCUGGGUGGGUCCUGAGGAGAGAAAACUCCGUCCUCACAGUCCUCACGCCCAGGGAUUAAGAACUAAUAUUAUUGAAAAAUGACAUUAAUACAGAUAAUUUUAAU